UGCCUUGUUGUUUUCUUUGUGGAUUACCAGCGUCUCAGCCCAUUUUGAAGCGUUUUCGGCGAGUAAGCAUUAUUUUGGAGUUCAACUGCUGAAUAAAAUAUCUUUGGGUUGCCUGUGAGUAGAUAGCGUGCUAAAACUACUAAUAUAUUCGUACCGCUCCACGUUCACUGCACCAGUUUUGUUCUUUUGCGAAUCUCCUUCGUACCUUAGUGUUGUGUCUUGAAUACUUCUGAGCCAAACAAUUUUAAAACAAACAGCGCCGAAGCAUGCAGUCGAAGGAAGACAUUCUGGCCUCUUACUCGCAUGAAAAGGAGCUUGAAAGAGCCAAGUGGUAUAAGGAGGACUUGGAUAAAGGCGGCUGGAGAGAGGCGAGCAGAGGUCCUGGUUAUGUCUACUGGAUCAAAACAUUUCCAGAUGAAGAGGUUCCAAUUAAGGUGUUGGGUUCUUAUGACAUGCCACUGUCGGCUGAAACUUACUUAGAAGUAAUGAAUGCAAGAAACCAGGAGAAACGAGAUAAGUGGGACACAGUAUUCGUCGAUCACGAAAUUCUGGAAACGUAUCCUGACGGAGGUCGAAUGCAAUUCAUGCGCUAUCCCCUGUCGUUUCCACUUUGGGACCGAUCAUUUCUGCUGUAUUUUCCACCGGUAAAAGAAAUCGACUGGUACGGCAAGCGAGCAUUCCUUCAAGUCCAAAAGAAUGCCUGCCACCCAACAAAGCCCGAAGGAGCUGACGGUCUCGUCAGAACAACAAACGGAGGUAAUUUCACCGUGGUCAUCCCUGAUGAAUCUAAACCGGAAGAAGCUUGUAAGUUUUUCCUUCUCUCUAACAACAACCUCAACGGCUGGCUCCCGAGGAAGCACAUCGAGUGGGUUGUAGAGAAGAAAGCGUGUCCAUCGUUUAACAAUUUUUUUGCGUCUCUUAUCAAAGGCUACAACGAGUUUUUCAAGCAUGAUUAACAUUCUUGUGUUCAGUGUAUAAGUGAUUCAAUAAAGUGGGUUUCUAUAAACGA